AUCUCUCGCAAUUUAAUAUCACUUCGAACUCUCUUCUUGUUUGUAUCCUUCAAUUCAUUCAAUUGAGCACAAGAAGUUACAUCUAUCCCAUUAAUCUCACCAUGACACCACCAAAAAAGGAAAUCCUCGAAACCCUCAGCCAAUCCACCGUGACUGGCAAAGAAGUCGCACAAACCAAGGUGCGCAAACUCGCCAGAAAGACUCGUCUGGAAAGAGUCCUUCCACCAGUCCGCUAUGCUCUCGUCGUUCUCAGCAGUCUGUACCUCAGCUCCGCGCUAUUCACACUCUCGUCGCACAUCACCGGAGAACUGGGUCGCGUGAGCAAGCACUUCGAGGGCUGGUGGCAGGUGGGGGGACUGGUCGCGUGGAGAGCUGUUGAAGUUGGAUUGAUGUGGAUUUUGGAGUUCGAAGGCCGAGACGUCUGGACUCUCGCCUUCCUCGCACACCUCCCAACCUAUGCGCUCCUAGCCUCAUUCUACAACAUCCGUCCAACGACCAUGCUCCUCGCCUACGCAAUCACAGUGAUCUCCACCGCUGCGCCAUUCACCCUCCUCCGCAAAUCAUCCAAUGAGAAAGAAUCCUCCGGCGGGACCUCCAGUAACCGCGCCAUCGUCCAAGACUGCGCCACAACAAUCUACACCACCCUCGCCGCAACCUCCAUCUUCACAGUGGCACUCUCCCUCAGCUACGCAACCUGGCUCCCCGCCCACCUAGUCGUGCACUUCGACUACCUCCCCGACAUCUCCGUCGUGCACGCCGGGCCCGCGCGUCUCCCUGUCCUCUUCGUGGCGCUGUUGCCAGCCGGUUGGGCCGCGCGAGACUUUCUCUUCGUGAGCUCAGCGGAGUCAGCCGCAGGCAAGAACAAGCGCGAAGGCGAGUAUCUCGCCUGCACGGUGUACCACAAGCUGUGGGGGCAGCUGUCGCCGAAGACGAGGGUGCUCGUCACGCGCACGGCGACCCUCGCUGGUAUGCUGGUGCUGAACACCGUUGUUCAGAUUGCGGGCACGGUGCGGGGCGCUGAUGUCGAGGGCGCUGCUGCUUGGGGUGCGAUCUGGGCUGCUGCUGCUGGGACGGUGGGUGCGACUUAUGCGUGGAUUGAGGCUGUCGAUGGGGUGUAA